AUGCAGGAGAGAACAGGAGCAGCCGGAGCCAGGAGGGAGAGCCUUCCCCAAGCAAACAAUCCCAAGCAGCUGUGCAAACACCGGUGCAUAAAUGAGGCCUCCUGGACCAUGAAGCGAGUUCCGAGCUGCAUCCCAGAGCCCGCGGUGGUCAUGGCGGCCAGAGCACUCUGCAUGCUGGGGCUGGUCCUGGCCUUGGUGUCCUCCAGCUCUGCCGAGGAGUACGUGGGCCUGUCUGCAAACCAGUGUGCCGUGCCAGCCAAGGACAGGGUGGACUGCGGCUACCCCCAGGUCACCCCCGAGGAGUGCAACAACCGGGGCUGCUGCUUUGACUCCAGUAUCCCCGGAGUGCCUUGGUGUUUCAAGCCCCUGCAGGAAGCAGAAUGCACGUUCUGAGGCACCUCCAGCUGCCCCCGGCCGGGGGAUUCGAGGCUCGGAGCACCCUUGCCCGGCUGUGAUUGCUGCCGGGUGCUGUUCAUCUCAGCUUUUCUGUCCCUUUGCUCCCGGCAAGCGCUUCUGCUGAAAGUUCAUGUCUGGAGCCUGAUGUCUUAACGAAUAAAGGUCCCAUGCUCCGCCCGAGGACAGUUCUUCGUGCCUGAGACUUUCCGAGGUUGUGCUUUAUUUCUGCUGCGUCGUGGGAGAGGGUGGGAGGGUGUCAGGGGAGGGUCUGCCCAGGCCUCAAGGGCAGGAAAAGACUCCCUAAGGAGCUGCAGUGCAUGCGAGGAUAUUUUGAAUCCAGACUGGCACCCACGUCACAGGAAAGCCUAGGAACACCGUUAAGUGCCACUUCCUCCGGAAAGCAGAAAAAAUACAUUUCAAGUAGAAGUUUUCAAAAAUCACAAGUCUUUCUUGGUGAAGACAGCGAGCCAAUCAAACCGUCUUCCAAAGAGCUCCUUUAUUUCACAACCGCUCUCGCUACGGUUCGAUACUCGUACUACUCCUGGGUUUUGUUUAUUUGUACAGUAAAUGUUAUGAACAAACUGGCACUUUUUUGUAUUUGCUAAUUAAGUUUAAA